AUGAUCAAACGGAUUUCAGCCCAACAGGCUGCUCGAAUCGACAAAGAGCUUAUGGGCACCUGCGGAUUUUCAAUUGAUCAAUUGAUGGAGCUUGCUGGCCAGGCAGUGGCCCAUGCCCUGUACAGAGUGCAUCCGCCCAGCAAGGGAUCAAAGGUGUUAGUGUUGGUCGGUCCAGGAAAUAACGGCGGUGAUGGUCUUGUUGCUUCACGCCAUUUGUCUUUGAUGGGCUACGAACCCAAAGUAUACUGCCCAAAGCCCACUUCGGGUGCUCUGUUCGAUGGUCUUCGUACCCAGCUCGAGGUGUUCAGGGUGCCCUAUGUCGAUACCAAAGACCUGCCUUCAGCGUUUAGUACAGCGGAUAUCAUUGUUGAUGCCCUAUUUGGGUUCUCUUUCAAACCCCCAGUUCGUGAAUCUUUCGUGCCCGUGAUGGAUCUGCUAUCAUCUACCUCGAAGCCGACGGUUGCAGUCGAUAUUCCAUCUUCUUGGGAUGUCGACAACGGUCCGGGCGAUUCCAAAUUCAACCCGUCGGUUCUGGUGAGUCUCACUGCUCCCAAAAAGUGCGCUGAUUCGUUCAAAGGUCGGCACUUUAUCGGCGGCCGGUUCAUCACCCCUGCAUUUGCUCAGAAAUAUGACUUUGAUGUUCCUCCUUAUGAGGGUACACAGCAAGUCUUUGAAGAAUUAAAUUAA